AGCGGAAUCGCCUCGUGUGCGGCGCAAGCACACUGAUACGUCGUGGAAGACGCAUUUCCUGUGACGUCGCAACAUCAUCGUCCGGGCUGCACACUUCUGCGAGCACAGAGAGGUCGUAACCUCUCUGCAGGGGGGAGCCUGGUGCACUACUCCUGCAGCUAAACGCGCGCGCCGGACACCGAUCGUGAAAAAAAAGGCGCAAGAUCAAGAUGCAUCGCUUCGCCACACUAAGCGCCCGCGCCGCCGCUACUACCGCCACCGCAUGGCUCACGACGGCCCGCUGCGACGACGAGAAACGCGUCUUCACGAUCUUCCUCGACGUCGACGGCGUGCUCAACAACCGCGCGACCCGGGAUAGGGGCGACGCCCAAGCGCCGGACGCGCCCAUCGCUUCGAGACACGCGCCCGAUAGGGAAUUAGUGCAGACGCUGUCCACAUUGAUGCGAGAGGCAGAAAAAAAGACCGGCCGCCAAGGUAAAAUAGUGCUCUCGUCGACGUGGCGCCUUAAACCGGAAACGACCGAGGCCGUCGAGGCGCGCCUGAAGGACGUCAAUUUAAGUAUCGACGGCGUCACGCCGGACUACGGCCCCGAGGCUACUACAUCAUUAGUGGACGCGAAUCUCUCGUCCUUCACGGAGGGCGCCACGACUCUAGUCCCGACGGCGGCCGAGGGCGGCGGCCUGGAUCGGGUCGACGAGAUCUUCUCUUACUUGAAACGGAGAAAGGUAGACCGGUGCUGGCUCGUGCUGGACGAUCUCAAUUUACCGUGGCGCAAUCCGAGAUUGCGGCGGGAGCACUUCGUACGAACUAGAGAUGAUGCGGGACUGACGAAGGAUAAAGCAAAUGAAGCGCUUGAAAAGAUCGUAGCAUUACACGAAGGUAGACAAUACAUACCAAAGGCUAUUGGAACCCCAAAAUACGCGGACCGCGCUCUCUUGUUCCUGGACAACGGCCGCCAGCCCGUCGAGGAGGAUUUUGCGGUGCCUAGGACACGCUUGGUGCGUUUUGGGGGCGACGAGCGCGACUUCCAGCGGAACUACCGCGAGACGCGGACCAUUGGUCGAGGCGGGUACGGGACGGUCAAGGUCGCGACGCACGCCGUGACCUGGCAGCAGCGGGCCGUGAAACGCAUGCGGCCGGACCACCCGACGGCGCGAGCCUUCCAAAAAGCGUCGGGCCAGGCGGGCGCGGCCUGGGACCGCGCGUUCGCGAUGCUCGAUGGAAGGACGGGCGUUGAAGAACAAGGUGAGGAAUUGGACUGGGUCGAGGCUUUUUUGGACAAUAACCGGGGCGGCAUCAGCGACGAUGAUACGAGGCAGCCGCGGCCGCCGCGGCCGGCGUCGGUGCCGGCCGAGGUGCGGCGGCUGUGCGAGCUGGAUCAUCCUCAUGUGGUGAAGUUAUUUGAGUACUUCGUGGACUCAUCUAGAGAUGAACUACUCCUGGUCCAAGAGUAUUUAUCAGGAGGCACGUUAUUGGACCGCGUGCGGAAGGAGAAGCGACUUACGCAAGACGAAGCGGCCCAAGCAUUACGAGAGAUGCUAUCAGCAGUAGCAUGCUGCCACGCGCACGGCCUGCUGCACGCUGAUUUGAAGCCGGACAACUUCGUGUACGCCGAGGACGGCUCGCUCAAGCUGAUAGACUUCGGCCUGUCUCGAGAUGUGGAUAUUGAUAGUCGAGGUAUAAGGGCAGGUAACUUAACCUUCACGGCACCCGAAACAUUGACGAAGAAGGGCCUCUACGGCCAGCCCGCGGACGUCUGGGCGCUGGGCUGCAUGUUUUUUCUCUGUGUUACUGGUGAGCACCUGAUCGAGGGUUUAUGUGGUGGGGAAGUAGUAACGGCCUUCGGGGGCGUCAAGGUGACGGCGGAGGACGACGCGAGGAAGGCGGUGUGCGACGCGAAGGCGAUCCAGCGGCGUCUCCAGCAAAAGGCGCGGCCGCUUCUACCGCCCCAAGGGUAUGACUUAUUAACGAGGAUGUUGAGUCCGGAUCCGCAGCAAAGGAUCACCGCAUUACAAGCGUUGCGGCACGCCUUCGUCGCGCGCGAGGCGGAGUUCGACGUUGCGUGCGUUGAUAAAAUGAGGCGCUUCGCCGCGCUGCCGGCGCUCGUGCGGCUCGCCAUCCUCGUGGAGGCCCACGAGGCGGCGGGCCGCGACGUGGCGCAGACGGAGUGCCGCACGUUCCAGGCGUUAGAUACGGACGUCGACGGCGAGGUUGGUGCACGAGAUCUUCGAGUCGCUCUUCUAAAACACGGCGGCGUCGUCGACGACGACUUGGAAGAUGUCUUCAAGCGGUGCGACCUGUCGCGGAACGGCUCGCUGUCGCAGUCCGAGUUCAUCGCCGCGACCAUGGCCGCGGGCCUCUUCGGCACCGAGACCUACCGCGACGCGGCCUUCGUGGCCUUGGACGCCGACGCCGACGGCCUCAUCACGGCGAAGGACGUGGCGCGCCUGCUGGCGCCGGGAUCCUCGGCGGCGAGCGACGUCCUGGCCGAAAUCGACGCGGGCGAGGGCUGCGACCGGGCGACGUUCGACGCGCUCGUCAAAGCGGCGGCGGCAUCCUUUGGCGGGGCCUCGGAGGCGCCUCCUGCAGAACCGGCGCCGGGUACGUUGGGAGCCGUAGCGGCGUUGGCGAGGCGGUGGGGCGUCGGCGCUCCGCGAGAGGUGAAGUGA